GACACGCAGAUCACCACAACUUCCACUCAACAGCACAACGUAGCCCUCCUCCAGCCGAAAAUGGUGCCGAACCCUCCCCAGACCCUCUCCGUAAAGAGGAAGCGUCACGAUCCCGCUGUCGAGACUCUCGUGGUGGAACCGGGCGAGAAGCGACAGAAGAGCGACACAUUCGCCUGGCGCCUUGUGACAAAGCCAGGAGCGCCGGCCGUACCACCGCCUCUGCCUUCUCCUGCACUUCCAGAUCGGCCACAGUUCCACAUCUCUUAUUCAGCUGGAGAUCGGAAAACCCGAGUCCUCAUUCAAUCCAGGGUAGCGAACGGACAGACCACGCGCGCAGAAAAUGUCCAGCCUCAAUCACAAUCGGUUCAGGAUACCUCAGUAGCUCAGGUCACUCCACUCGCACAGAAUGGCACGUCUCGAACACAAAAACGCCCUGGGGCAGGUGCGACUGUUCGCAAUUUACGCCCGGUAGCCUCGCAACGAACGCUGAAUUCGACGAAUCCGACCGAAGACGAGGUCAAGCAGUUUGAGCAAUUCUCCCAGGAGGUAGAACAGGGCGAGGUCGCCAAGCUGAACCCACCAACUUCUCCCCUCAAGUUUGCUCCUAAAGUCCCCGCAUUGCGGUACCGGGAGCGGCAUCCGGAGAAGGCUGCCGUUUUGGAUGCAGACGCUAUGGACAUCGAUGACUAUGUAUACGACACCUAUGUUCGGGAGGUUGUCAUGCCAGACGCCGAAGGAAAAUUGCCUGAGCACCAGGGUACUGUAGGUGUGAUCGUUCUCAAGGAUGAAGAUGAAGACUGGUGGAACGGCGACGAAGAGGUCGAAAGGGAGUUUGAUACUGAUGACGAGGAUGAGAAUGCCGAGGAUUAUUACGCAAAUGACUACCCCGAGGACGAGCUUAGCUCUGACGAUGAGUACGAUCGCAAUCUUUACCAAAGCAGAUUUCGCCACGGAUCGGAUGAUGAGGAGCUUAGUUGGAACGAGGACGAUGAUGACGGCGCUGCUUUCAGCGAAGGGGAUGAGGAUGACGAGCACUUCCGUCGUAUUGCCGCACCACGACCAGCACCCGGUUACUGGGGACGCAUGGGAGAGUGA